AUCCAGACUCAUACAGAGUCCAGCUUGCCGUGCUGGCAAUGUCAUUUUCGUAAUUUUAUGAUCUUCGAUGUCAAUAUGACCGCCGUCUCUCCUCCCCUGCAUCGCCCGUGGAUUUAAUUGCCAUUUAGUGCGAGAGAGGAGGCUUCAUCGGAGGAGAUGAGCCCGACGACGGAGAAGCCGGCCGAGACAGCCACCGAGGCCACCGGAGGAGGAGGAGGAGGAGGAGCACUGCCUGCGGAGCCCGUCGGGGCCGCGCAGGACCCCUGCUACGACUGGCGACGGGACGCGAUCGAGGGCGGCUCCCUUCGCCACGUUGAUCUCCACACGGGCACCAACGGCUGGGCCUCCCCUCCCGGUGACCUCUUUCACCUCCGUGGCCCCAACUACUUUUCCCGCCGGCAGAAGUGCCCCUCCGGCGAGUGGCUCCUCAGGCCCGCCGGCGUCGACUGGCUCCGCUCCACCUCCCGCCUUGACAACGUCCUCGGCCGCCCGGACAACCGCGUGGCCGGUGCCCUCCGACGCGCCCGCGCUCUCGGCGUCGCCCGUAAGGCCUUUAUCUUCGCCGUCAAUCUCCAGGUUCCUGGCCGUGAGUGCCACUCCGCCGUCUUCUACUUCGCCGCCGAGGAGCCAAUCCCGCCGGGCUCCCUCUUCUACCGCUUCGUCCACGGCGACGACGCCUUCCGGAAUGCGCGAUUCAAAAUCGUCAACCGGAUCGUGAAGGGACCUUGGAUCGUGCGGGCCGCCGUCGGGAACCACGCUGCCUGCCUCCUGGGGAAGGCGCUCACCUGCAAAUACCUCCUCGGUGAGGACUACCUCGAGAUCGACGUUGACAUCGGGAGCUCCGCCCUCGCCAACGCCAUCCUCCACCUCGCCCUCGGCUGCGUGACGGCGGUCACAAUCGACAUGGGGUUCCUGGUGGAGGCGCAAGCGGAGGAGGAGCUGCCGGAGCGUCUCCUGGGUGCGGUCAGGGUAGCGCAGAUGGAGAUGAGUUCGGCCACCUACGUGGAGACUAAACCCAAGUCAGCAGAGGCCGGAAAGGGGGGGUUCCGCGGGCUGGCGAAGGUCAACCACCACCAGGAUAGUAGCUCGACUUCGAAGCCAUCGAGAUCAGGAGACGGCAAGGAACGCAACGAAGGUUAGGGCUUUCAUCACUUGCUCUUUGUCAAAAAGGCGAGUUUUUUAGGGUAUGCAGAUAAUAAUCUGCCAACUCUGGAAAGGGAUGGUGGGAUCGUCAGGGUAUAUAUAGCAUGUCUUCAUCUUCUUCAGACGCAUCUUAUGUUUAAUUGCUCGAGUUGAUAUCUCCAUGCUUAAUCAAGUUGCUUGUUGGUAUUCA